AUGAGUGUGGCCGGAGGUCUAUUGACACUUCCCGCCUUCAACAAACAGUUUCCUCGCAUGGACACUAUCAACACGGAGGGAGACCUGAAAGCGGAAAACUCGAUGAUUCAAGGCACAGUCAUUGCUCUCUACACCGUCGGUGGCAUCUUCGGAGCCUUGUCAUGCGCGCAUCUAGGUGAUCGAUUAGGGCGGAAGAAGGUCAUCUUCUGGGCCAAUUUCGUUUGUAUGAUUGGCUGUAUUCUCAUGGCAACCUCCUUUGAUUUUGCCCAGUUUAUCGUCGCAAGAAUAUUCCUUGGUGCUGGCAUUGGUGGAUACACUGCUACCGUGCCAAUUUGGCAGUCUGAGAUCUCACCCACACAUAAGCGAGGCUCGAAUGUCGUUACAGAUGGCGUUUCUGUUGGCGUUGGUGUCACUAUAGGUCUCUGGGUUGAUCUCGGAUUUUACUUCGUGAAGGACAACUCCGCAUCAUGGCGAUUCCCUCUUGCCUUCCCAGCCGUCUUAUGUAUCCUGGCUAUGGUUUCUAUUUCGAUGCUCCCGGAAUCUCCCCGUUGGCUGAUUUUGACCGGCCAAAUCCAAGAGGCUCGGAAGGUAAUAUGGGCUCUUUUCGAGCUAGAACCUGAUUCGGAUGAGGUCACCGAGAUUAUCCAUAAUGUCCAAACUACUCUCGCUGUCUGCGGAAAUUCUUCCUGGACCGCCAUGUUCACAAAUGAUGAGCGGCGUCUAUUCCACCGUGCGUAUCUUGCCUGUACCGGCCAGUUCUUUCAGCAGAUGUGCGGCGUAAAUCUGAUUACCUACUACGCGAUCAGUGUUUUUCAGGAAUAUCUUGGCAUGGACGAUGUGAAAUCCCGUAUUCUCGCUGCAGCCAUGGGUCUAAUGCAGCCGACAUGGAGCGCCGGAGCCAUGGCUAUUUGUAUGGGUAUUCUCGCCGGCACAACAUCGCCCCAGGCCCAGGACAGCACUGCUGCCUUAGUGGUGGCCGUUAUUGCACUUUUCUGCUUCCAAUUUAUCUUCACAGUCGGAUACUCUGGUCUGACAUUUCUCUACGCUGCCGAGUUAGCCCCUCUACAGGUCCGUGCUACCGUCAGUGCCUUCUCCACUGCAACGGUGUGGGUAUUCAACUUCCUGCUCGCUGAAGUGACUCCCAUCGGCUUCAACACUAUUCACAAUAAGUACUAUAUUGUCUUCGCUGUCAUCAAUGCCAUCAUUGUGCCAUCCGUGUACCUGUUCUUUCCUGAAACUAAAGGUCGUUCGCUUGAGGAGAUUGAUAAAAUUUUUGCCCAGUCGAAGAACAUCUUUGACCCGCCUCGCAUGGAACGCCUCAUGCGGGAGACUCUCCGGGCCAAUGAUCCCGUCAAUCGGCCUGGCUCGGAUAGUUGUGGUGAGAAUAACGAAUAUGUCAACGAAGAGGUCAAAGCUUAA